GGGGUGCUCUAGGGAGCGGGGAUGAGUCUAGUGGGCGGCUUCCCCCACCACCCGGUGGUGCACCAUGAGGGCUACCCUUUCGCUGCCGCCGCCGCUGCCGCCGCCGCCGCCGCCACCCGCUGUGGCCACGAGGAGAACCCCUACUUCCACGGCUGGCUCAUCAGCAGCCACCCGGAGAUGUCCCCCCCCGACUACAGCAUGGCUCUGUCCUACAGCCCUGAGUACGCCAACGGGGCGCCGGGCAUGGACCACUCCCAUUACGGGGGGGUGCCGCCCGGGAACGGCCCGCCCGGGCUCGGGGGGCCCCGGCCGGUGAAACGCAGGGGCACGGCGAACCGCAAGGAGCGGCGCAGGACUCAGAGCAUCAACAGCGCCUUCGCGGAGCUGAGGGAGUGCAUCCCCAACGUGCCCGCAGACACCAAGCUCUCCAAGAUCAAAACGCUCCGUCUGGCCACCAGCUACAUCGCCUACCUCAUGGACCUGCUGGCGAAGGACGACCAGAACGGGGAGGCGGAGGCUUUCAAGGCAGAGAUCAAGAAGACAGACGUGAAGGAAGAGAAGAGGAAGAAAGAGCUGAACGAAAUCUUGAAAAGCACAGUUAGCAGCAACGAUAAGAAAACCAAAGGGAGGACUGGCUGGCCGCAGCAUGUCUGGGCUUUGGAGCUCAAGCAGUGAGCACGGCAGGACUGGAGGAGCCGUCCUCUUAGCCUCGGUAGUGAGCUCUCCUCUGAGGACUCUUUGUAUUUGGAAUAAUCCAGUUUAUUUAUGUGCAAUUUCUCCCCCAACCCCCCAAAAUGUGGAUAUUUGAAGGAGAGGGAAAAAGCAUUCCAUAUAUGAAGAGGAAACUCCAGCUUGGUAAGGGGUAAUGUCUCUAAAUGUUUCGUGAAUGUUAUUUGCUCUGUAUAGAACACGUGGGGAAAACAGAACCAUAGAAAAGAAAAAAAAAAUCCCUCCCUGGCAUUAGUGUGUAUGUGAAGUGUAUCUUUAAUACUUGGCCUUUUGGAUAUAAAUAUUCAUGGGAUUAUAAAGCUAUAUUUCAACAGAAGCAGUUGCACCAAUGUUUCGAUUGACUCGGUAUUUAGUGUUGUAAUUUUGUUGUGGUCGUUCAGUAUUUGAAGAUGUUUUCAACAGUUAUUGGUUAUGUGCACUUCCGUCCGUAAGGGAAAAAGUGGAAUCUAAUUAAUAUUGAAGGUGUAAACGUUGUAAGUACUCAAUAAACCACUGUGUGUGUUUUUUACAAAACAAAAGAAAAAAAAAAAGAAAAAGAAAAAAAAAAGAAAAUCCAAAUCUUUUUAUGUUUUAUACCUCAAAAUGUUUUGAAUAACAGCGUUGUUUAUGGCUUUUUUUUUUCAUAAUAUUUAAAAUAUUCGGAAGUAAACUAAAUUAUAAAGAUGGCUCCUAA